UGUUAAAGUCGUUUGUUUUGAAUGUAAGAGGGAGCAGGAAGGAUGGAGGAAGCCGGCCGGUUAGGCGUGUUGUCACGGGAGGAACGGAAAGCGCUAGAGAAAGCGAAGAUCCUGAGGCAGGAGAAGGAGAGAGACACCUUCAGAAGGGUGUCAAAAAUAUUGAGAAAGUCUGAAGCUGAUCGGACCAAAGAUGAACAGGAAAUGCUACAGCAGUGUGAAGAUACUGUACAAGAGAUGAAACUGCGGAAAAGUAAACGUGACGUUCUCAAAAGAAAACAGGAAGAGGUGUUAGAUGAUCCAGAUGAAUUAAAAAGGAAAGUGAAAUUGUUGAGUGCUGCAGUCCGGGAGGCCAAGCAUAUGGUGAUAUAUACUGGUGCAGGCAUCAGUACGGCUGCAUCUAUCCCAGAUUACAGAGGGCCAAAUGGAGUGUGGACAUUGCUACAAAAAGGAAGGAUUGUGAGUGCAACAGAUUUAAGUGAAGCAGAGCCCACUUUGACUCAUAUGUGUAUUGCAAAAUUAUACGAGGAAAAACUGGUAAACCAUGUGGUUUCUCAAAACUGUGAUGGAUUGCAUCUAAGAAGUGGACUACCUCGACAUGCCUUAUCAGAGCUUCAUGGCAAUAUGUACAUUGAGGUUUGCACUAUCUGCUCCUCUUUGAGAGAGUACAUUCGUUUAUUUGACGUAACUGAGCGCACUGCACUGCAUAGGCAUGGUACUGGAAGACUGUGCCACAAAUGCAAAGGAGAGCUGAGGGACACUAUUGUCCAUUUUGGAGAAAGAGGUACACUGGAGCAGCCACUAAACUGGAAGGGAGCAGAAGCAGCAGCACAGAAAGCAGAUGUCAUUCUUUGUCUCGGUUCAAGUUUAAAGGUGUUGAAGAAGUAUGCUUGCCUGUGGUGUAUGAGCAGACCACCAAAUAAAAGACCGAAGCUCUACAUUGUUAAUUUGCAGUGGACACCAAAAGAUGACCUUGCAGCACUCAAGAUUCAUGGAAAAUGUGAUGAUGUCUUAAAGCUGCUCAUGGAAGAGCUCAACCUUGAACUUCCAGUCUAUGACAAAGCAAAAGACCCCAUUUUUGGCAUGUCUACCUCACUGAGAACUGAAGAAGCUGAAAGUCACAGUCGUAAACUGAUAGCACCACCCAAAGUAUCAGAAGUUCUCAAUCAAGAUCAAGAGUCAAGUGAAGGAAGCACGUCUGUGUUGGGGGGGUGGUUUGGACGAGGUUGUUCCAAAGGAAGGAAGAAAAAGAGAUGACUUAAGUUUACAUGAAUUCAAAUGCUGUUAUUUGGCAGUUGUUACAAAAACUUGAAGUAGACAAAUUGUGCUGACAAAACUUAAUUCCACACAGGCCUGUGAUGAUGAAGAUCCUGUCGGCAUGAUUGUAUUACAAUAAGAGGCACAUUAUAUGAGGGUUGCCCAGAAGGUUUUGCAGUACAGUUUUUGUUUUUAUUUUGUUAGCAGUUCAUUAUAGAAUUAUUUAAUUACACACAUUUAACUAGGUAUAUUUGAUGUACUCUUCAUUUCUCUACACCAUCUUGUCAAGUUCAGCUUGCUUGAUCCAUGUAUUUCUUUCCUGUACCAGUCGGAAUCCUGAAUUCACGGCCACUUCUUGUCAAUUCUUCUUAAUCUUUUCCCAUGAACGUUUGAGGCAUCCAUUCAGGAAGAAAUUGAAUUUUUUGGACAGUCAUUACAGACUUUUUAUCUGUGACAUGAGAAAUACACAGCCUCACAUGAUACUACAAGAGGCAGCUUUCUGGGUUGGAGUCACAUUAACCAACCGUGGUUUUCUUGUUAACUUUGCUGGAAUUAUAGAAAGUAUGGCAAAUCUUUGGGCAACCUUCAUUUGUAAAGAAAAUAAUGCACCUUAAAAUUUCCUCAGGUAUUCUUAACAAGAAAAAAAAAAACUUGAGAAAUUUGAAAGUAUAUGGGAAUUAGCGACACGUUGAGAAUAUGCUUCAGUGAAUUUACUUGUAAUGUAAAGAAGUUGUGGACCUGCUAUACAAGCAGAUUAAUGUAAUUUAAAAUGAUGUGUUAGUUUAUUUGUUGGAAAAAAAUAGUAAUUGUCUGUUCUUUAAACUACAUUGAAAUUGCACUGGUGGAAAGAAGAAAAAAAAGGUUGUGUCCUGCCUAGUUGUUAAAUAUAUUUGCAGCGUUUUUCAUGUGAACAUUAUUCAGGCUAUUGCAUUUGUAUUCAGGCAACCAUUUUUUUUAUUUAUUAAAUAUUUCAUGAUAUCCCUGUACCUUUUAAUAUAAAAAUAAGAAGCUGCAGUAUUUCUAUUUGUUUAUUUCUUGAAUACUUGAUUUAGCAGUAUGUCUAAAAUGCACUCACUAGUUUAAGAAGAAAUGGCAGCAUGAUGCCAUAAUUGGUGAUGCUGCCAUCUUACUGCUCCCAAGAUAUGGUUUGAUCUCUGACAGUGGUGCUUUUGCAUGAAGUGUUCAUCUUUUCCUCUGGUUACUUGUAUUUCAUCCCACAGUCCAGUGACAGAUUGAAGGGCUGGCUGGUGACUGUGGAUUAAUUUGGUGUGGCUGUUUGGGCUCUGCAGUGAAGUGGAGUCUAGGUCGGGAUAUUAGAUCCUGCCUCGUGCCUUUAGAUACUGAGGUCACAUUAAGAGAGUAGACGGGAGGUUCAAGAAUGAAUAUGAGGCCACAUGUAUAGUUUGUUAAUUUGAAGCUUUUUGAAUGUCUACCUUUUUUUAAGUGUAACUUUUUCUGAAACAUAAUAUUGAAGAUCCUUUAUCUGUUUGUGACGUCCUAAUUGCAAAGAGUUUAUAUCUACCGACAGUCACUAAAAGUGAGUAUUGUAUAGUUUGUCAUGUAAAUAUUUUUACGCUUGUUUACAAGAGCCAUAGUUGGAAAAUUUUAAUUGUGAUAUUUUAUUAAAUGUUAAUUUUAAAAUUGUGUUUUAUAUAUGUUUCCAAUUUGGUUGUGGGGACACAUUUUCAAGAGUAGUGUUUUGGACUACACAUAGCAGUGUGUCACAGUGAGUGUUUUUUAAAUACUGAAUCUCAAACUUGCCCUUGGGUCAUUCCUGGGGUUUCUGUUGUUUUGCUCCAGCUAAUUUCAUCCUUAAAUUCAUUCUAGGUUUAUGGAUUUUUUUAAAUAGUGACCUGUCUACAGUUAUUCUGUUUUAAUAAUAUUUAAGGAUUUUUUAUUUUUUUGGUAAGAAAUUUACCUCAAUUUCAUGUUUUAUGCAACAGAGCUGAUUGUUUUGGCUAAAAUAAGUUUGUUUUUCUCAUCGUGUUUUUUUUAAUAUUUUAACCCCUAGGUAAUGAGAACACAUUUGCACCUCUGGGGGUUCGUUGAUGUUUGUUAGGUAAGGAUUUGUCUAUUUAAAAAUGCUGAAACAGGCAAAAUCUUGAGAAAAACAUAAUUAAAAUAAACAGAUAAAAACUGAUGAAGAAACCACAUAGACUCUUUAUGCAUUUAAAGGCAGCAGUCACAAAUAAUACCCUCGGAGUGGGUGGGAGUUCAGUGCUUUUGAAGAAUGUAGAAUAGUCUUAGGUUAGCCUAGUCUUCAACUCUCUUAACAUCCUGAAUGAUCUCAUUAUUAGUCCUAAACUGGUAAGGCACCCCAGACGUGUUUGUUAUCCUCCCCUCUACCUUUUGAGUUUUCUGCCUUCACCUUGUCUGUCUGAGUACAUCGAAUUGACGCCACCUUUCCUGUCUACACGCUGCUCUACCAGUGAGUUCAAACUUAGAUUGAUUAUCCUGGCAUAGUAGCAGGCUGCUAGUGAGCCAAACCAUUCCAUUCUUUUCUGUGACUGAGGAGAAGGUGCUUUGUUAUAGAAAGAGUGUUAUGCACUGAUUUGUUUUUAAAUAUAUUUAUGAAAUAUUGACUGGGUAAGGAUGCUGAGAAGCAUAUUAAUAAUUGAGACAACCAUCAUGGGUCUUUAUUGUUAAUGAAAGUGAAUGUUAGCACCAUGGUAUUGGUAAAUAAAAGUUUUAGUUGACAAUUUCAAA